UUUAAUCGCCGCCCACCGUGCCCAGUCUCAUAUCGCUCCUGUUUUAUAAACCAAAUAACACGCAGCAAACACUAGCUUUGUGAUCAGGUAGUGAGUCAGGUAUGGAGACGUCCUCACUGGCAGUUGCUGUAAUUUCUCAGAUUCCAUCCGCAUGAACACAGUUGGUACGAGUACCGCUGAACGAACCGGACCACUGCGCACCUUUGAGGGCAUUUAGAAAAGGCAAUGCAAAACAGAGCAGUCCUGUGUUCGCAACAAGUGGAAAGUUGAAUAGAUCGACGGGAGCCUCUUUUUCAGCUGUUUACCUGCACGCCAUUUAUUAUUCAUCGUUCCUCGAGUUCACGCACAAGUAGGAACUGCGCAACACUGCGGCUACACGUUAGUCGCUGGCCGUCCAGAAAGGAUCCCGGAGCCUUGGAGGAAAUAUAAUCCCGAUAUUUAUAAAUCUCUCCACUGCGUGAGGCCCGGGCCAUUACUCUUCCUCUCCCGUUGCCUCUUCCUCCUUUUCUCUCACUCUUAUGCAUUGAUGGCAUGGUGUGUCUGACCCAUGGGCCCCUCUCCCACCACCCUGUCAAAGCUGAAGCUGGGGAAGCUGAAGGUGGUGCGGCGGCAGCUUCUGCAGCGCUACGAGCACCAGCCCUUCGUGUCCUGCCUGGCGGGCCUCUACGGCUGCCAGUGGAGGCGCUACCAGCGGGCACGCACCCUUCCAGGGGAGUGCUGCUGCAGCAAGGUGGAAUGUGGCAGUUUUGGGCUCUUGAUAGUGACAUUUUGCCUGUCCCUGGUGUUUCUGUAUUUCUGGAGUGAAGCACAGAAUGACUACAAUGACUUUGACUGGUUCAAUUUUGGAAAUUUAGGGUUCUGGUUCCCAUGGUCGGUGGUGCUGCUGGUUGUUGCCGCUGCUUUCUUCAGCUAUGUGACUGUGCUGCUGGUGCUUGCAGUAUGUUUGCUCUCGGAGGGACAGCGGCUGUAUCUGCACUGGGGACACAAGAUUGGUAUCCUGGUGACUCUGACAUUCUCCAUUGUGGCCACAGCUGUGCUCUCAGACCUGUGGAGCAAAGAGUGGUCUACUCUCCUGCUCUCCUUCCAGGUCACGGCACCAUAUCUGCAUGUGGGAGGGGUUCUGAUGAUGACACUCCUGUCCUGGCCAAUAGCCUUACAUUACUUCCGCAUGAACAAGAAAGUGCGACGGGCAGUUACCAUGGGGCUGUACCUGUCAGUGCUUAUUGCCCUGUACCUAGUGCCCCUGGGUAUGUACUCCCCUUGCAUCAAAGAAGAGGGCACCCUGGGACCUGCGCCUGUUCUCUUGGGACAUAGAGGUGCCCCCAUGCUUGCACCAGAGAAUACACAGAUGUCAUUUGAAAAAGCGGUGGAAGCAGGAGGCGAAGGUUUGGAAACAGAUGUGACCUUAAGCUACGAUGGGGUUCCCUUCCUGAUGCAUGACAGAACCUUGCGGAGGACCACAGAUGUGCAGGAUGUGUUCCCCAACCGCACAGACAUGCCAGCUGCCAUGUUCACCUGGAGUGAGCUGGAGAGGCUUAAUGCUGGGGCCUGGUUCCUCUCGCGUGACCCAUUCGGGACUGCCUCUUCGUUAACCCCAGAGGAUCGGGUACGGGCACAGAACCAGUCAGUGUUCACGCUGCGUGACUUCCUGGACCUGGCUGCCCAGCACAGGAAGUUGGUGAUCUUUGACCUUUACCGCCCACCCCGGGGCCACCCCUACAGGAACACCUGGAUCACUCGCACUCUGGAGGUGAUACACAAUGAGUCCUCCAUUCUCUCCAGUCAGGUGCUCUGGCUGCCUGCCGAGUUGAGGGACUUAGUACACGAGCUGGACCCAGCCCUACAGCAGACCUCUGGGAGUAGGGCAUCCAUUGAAGAACUGCAGGAGGACCACAUUGUCAAGCUCAACCUGCACUACAGCACUAUGUCCCGAGAGCAGAUCAGUAAGUACGCAUCAGCGAACAUCACCACCAACCUGUAUGUGAUCAGCCAGCCCUGGCUGUACUCUCUGGCCUGGUGUGCUGGGGCCCACUCCGUCACCACCAAUGCCCUGCAUAUUCUCAAAAAUCUGCGAAGGCCACUGUUCCUCAUGACUCCUGAGGAGUACAGCCGGAUGUGGAUCCCGACAGAUGUUGUGUCUGCUGCUCUCAUCCUCAUUGUCUUCAUCUUCCACUGGUGGAGGGAGCGUGGCCUGGCUUUCUAUUCAGGCAGCAGAGAGGUGAAUGAGAAUGGGACCUACAGCAAGUUCAGAACAGAGCUGAGUGACGUAUGGUCCAUCUCCAGCGUCAAUGGAGUGGGACAGGCUCUAAGCCCAACCAUUGACCCAAAACUGAGUGCCAUUUCUGAGCUGCAGGAGCCCACUGAUUUAGGGAGAGGGUAGAGACCGUCCCUCAAGUCUUGAUCUUCAACCUUCAACGCUUAACCCUCAACCCUUGUUCUCCACUGAUGAAUGGUGUUCAUUGGACCCACUGUAAAUCUACAAAUGAAGAAAAUGGCUUUCUGGAAGUGCUGUCAAGACAUUCAUGCUGGCUCAUCAUUUCAACAUGUGGAGUGUGUGUUGUCUACUUUUUCAGAAAAGAAAGAAAAACAAAUGAUUUUAUUUUUGUAUCUUAAGUAUUUGUAUGAAUGUUAGGUCGCAAAUGUAAAGGCUAGCUAAAGGAUUGCUGGCUCACAGAGCAGCAAGUUUCCACAUAUAACCAGGCUCAACCAGGUGCUCUCCAUUCAUUGAGUUCUUCUCUACCUCCCUCUUAGCACUCCUCUGUCUGAGUGACGGCUCUCCCCUUGAAGAUGCACAGCAUGUUACCAUUAAUAGUGAAUGCAAUAUUUUAGUACUUGACAUAACUUCCCAAACAUGAAAUACAUCCUGGACAUCCUAUACGCAACAGGUGGUUUUUGUUCUGAUGAAUGUACAAACAUCCACUGCUGUAGUGAACAUGGAUGAAAAAAAUUAGCAUGUCUUCACACAUGAGGCAUAUACUGUAUUUCUGAGUUUUUUUCUGUGAUGAAGUGUUAGAUUUUUUCCUCCUCAGUACACACAGUGUCCUGUUUUUGUUUUAAACAUGAACCACAGCAAGCAAGUGACAAUUUUGAUGUUUCAACAAUGCAGUCAAGUUACAAUAACAUUACAGAAACGUGAAAGCUGGACACUGCCAAACACGAUCCUAAUGAUGGAUUUAUUUAAAUGGGUGUCAUAGAUGUGUUUUUCAGACAUUGCAUUUCAAACAUUUAGAGAACAUAGAAGGUUAAGUGACAGGGUGGAGUAAGUGAAACUGCUCUUACAGGCAUGCUUUAUCUACAGUUUUCAUGGAUAGGGAAGCAUGGAUUUUUUUUUGUUUUGAGUUUGACAGAUUACUUAUUGUGUGCUGGUAAUCAAGGAAAUUGCGAAGAAAGGAGAAAGAAAAGCAGCAUUAUUCAAUGCAACCAAAUCCAUUCUGGGGAAGAAGUAGCUAAUAUAAUACAGUGUUUUAAGCCUUUGUUACUGGUUGACUUCCUAAUUAAUUACUAGAAAUGAUACUCCUUGCACUGGCUGGAUCCACCAUUGUCUUUUAUGUCCAAUCAAUCAAAACCCCAGCUCAGGAAGCUGAGAGA